GUUAUCUCCCAGUCGAGUCCCGGCCGUAUUUCGGGUUGCACACGUGACGCGCUCGCUUCCCUUACGCUCCUUAUCGUUCUGCUCGCCUAGUACUUUCUGUAUAUUUUUGUGUCCGAAAUAGUGUUUACUUUGUGUGUUUGCAAGUGUAUGUUAAUUUUUAUGUGUUUUUAAAAUCUAUUUUUUAUAAAAAACAAAGUCGGGUUAAUAAUACAAGUCCAAAAAGAUCAGUUUCUUGAUAUAAGUGGUUCAAGCUAACUCAUACGAGUAUUUUGGACAUUUGAGCAGAAAAAGAUAAGGAUAUCCUAAGCCUGAAGGAGCAGAAAGUAAUCAUAAAAUGUGAUGCAAUAACUGUUUCGGAAUGGAUGAAAAGAAAACCUAGUGAAAAUGAUAGUGCAAUGGGCGAGCCCAGAAACGCUAUGGUGUCUAGUGAUGGUGGUGGCUAUGGUGACUGAAGUGCUCGCCUUGAGCGGGCCCAACGUAUGCAUGGUGCAGCAGAAAUACAAUAUAACGAAGCGGGUGAAGUACCGAGCGCCCAUGUCCGUCAGGACGUACGAGUGGUGCUUCGCCAUGCCGCCGCGCUGCUCUAAGUGGAGCACGGAGAUGAGGGACCUCACCAGACUGGAGACCGAGGAGCGCACGGCAGAAGUGGCGGUAUGCUGUCCCGGGUACAAGAUGAAGGAAGUCUCCUGCGUGCCCAUUUGCCCCAGCGGGAAAAUGGGGCACGGAUGUACUGAAGAUUGUCCCCCAGACAAAUGGGGCCCGAACUGUGUGAACGAAUGCCCCGAAUGCCUCAACGGGUUCUGCGUGCCUUCCACAGGGGAAUGCGACUGUGAAGAAGGAUGGCAAGGUGAGAGUUGUCAAAUCAGCAUGUCAACAGUACAAGCCGCACCCGCUUUGAUGGAAGAAUUACUAACUACUACCAAAUCUACAAUUAAAACUCCUGCCACUACUAAAUCUACUAUCCCGACAACUAGAUUUACAGAAAUAGUCACUCCUACACCAAACCCUAGAGCUACUUUAACAGACUCAACAAAAAUUACUACUACAUCAACUCCUUUAACGACGACAUUGAAAGUAACAUCAACCAAAAAGACAUUUACUUCAACUGAUAAGACUGAAAUUAUAAUAAAAUCAACAAAACCAACCAAAUCUACCUCGUUUUAUAUUUAUGACAAUAUUACAACUACGCCAUUUACAAUAAAGUUUAUAGAGACAGAAACAACUGAAACAGUACCAAAAGUAACCAUUACUAACUUCAUCUACAAUAGGACAGAGACUCCCGAAGAAGGUACGUCAAAUAACUUCUCAAAUGAGCAUGUUACUUCGACUGUGUCGAUACCAAUAUCUGUUAAAUCUUCUAUCAUCCCGACCACACUCUCAAUUAAAACUACUGACACAACUACUUCUACUACCACAACUACUACUACAACUACAACUGCUGCGCCAUCAACUUUUACCACAUCCACCUCAAGGACAAAUGCAACUGUAACAUCCCCUACUUCUACUGUUACAAUAGUAACAAAUAAUCUCAUGGAGGAUGUUACAAAGAGUGAAACUACCAAAAAACCAGAGACAUCUACCAAAAAUCAUUUUACUACACUCAAGUUUAAACCCAAGGAGAUAUGGAUAAAACCAACUCAAAAAGGUGUGCCGAUUUACAUAGAGACUAAAAUCAAAAAUCACGAAACACACGCAAAACCUAAGCUUGCCACUCAUGGGAAUGAAGCUCCAUUUGAGACUACAACGCCGAAAACGAUUAUAGUAUCAAUAAUACCUACAUCAGUGUCUCACGCGACAUUCAAGAAGAUAGCUUUGACUACAGCCUCAUAUCUGUCUCACAAACAUAAUGUCACAUCGCCAAAUAAUAAAACUGAGCAAAGUUUCACCAAAUCUAUGAUAUCACAAGUAUCUACGCCUGUUCCGUUUACUAUAAAAUUAUUGACUACUGUAAACGUAAGAAAUAGCUCUUCCAAAGUCUCGAGUCGUGUCCCACAGAGCAAUGUAUCUCUCAAAACAUCACAAUCGACUAAAAAAGUUUCCUUGAAUACAACUAUAUCUGAAAAGCACACAACUAUGGCAAUGAACAAAACUAUGGCAAUUUUAAACUCAACUAUGGCAACAAGUUCGACUAACAGCAUGCCAAGCACGGUGAAUGCAAAUAAGAAACUGAAUUCUUCUACUUUCUUAACAACAAAGUCUUCGACUAACACAUACAAAUAUAAAAGUUCACACGAAGCUACGAAAUCUCCUUUUGUUAAUAAAAAAGUGUAUGUAAAAGAUGAAGCGAUGAACAAAACUGCUAAAAACUUUCAUACUAAUGGCACGACAAAAGCAGAAGUUACUAAAUCGAAAGAAAAUUUUAAACACAAAGCAACCAAUGAAACCAAACAUGUGAAUACUAAAUGGAGUAUUAAAACCAGUACUAAUAACCCUGUUACCCAGGAGUCUGUAGAGGAUGAAACGUUUCAUAUUUUAACAGAGCCAGAACACAUAACCGCUGUGAUGAAUGAUAAGGAAAGAGACCAUACGUCAGUAGACCUGAUAUCCGUGAUAUCAAUCGCUGGUGGAGUGAUGAUGGCAGUCAUCACAGUCGCUGUCGUGAUAGUGAUGAUAGAACGGUGUAAGAGACCUCGAUACGAUGACGUGAGGAAAGUGAACGACAUUCGGAUGCAAGUAAUGAUUGACAAUAAAGACCCACCGCCAUAUGUAAGAAGUAUUUUCCACACACCAUUGCCAGAUCCGCCUACAUCUACUAACUGCCACUACCAACCAAUAUCUACGUUGGAUAGAAAUUUGAAACAGUUUAUGAGACCUGUAGUAGUACAAGCCAUAUCACCAAUAAUGUUGGAGAAUUUUAGAGGUAUUUUGGAAUGCCACUAUGAUCAUUUACCAACAAAUAGAAAUCACAGAAUCAACGACUUCGGGACAUUGCCAACACGGUGUUCAGUGUCGCCAUCUAUGAAGACCGACGAUGAACUGCUUAGACAACGACCGCUGUCAGUCGCGGAAUACACAAUCGAGGCGCUAAAACGCGAAGCGAAAAUGGACAUAAUUGAUGAUACGACCUCAGAACCAUUGUAUGCAGAAAUUCCAUGUUGGAGACCUCCUUCAGAGCAUGCAAUUGAAGUUAUAAAUGGGGAAGCUGUAACAGAGUUAUGACGAGUUUUAGCAACAAACCAUUUAGAUCAGGUGAAAUUAAGUUAAGAACCUACGAGUUCUGGCAGCUGCCGCUAGAUGGCGCAAGUUCUAUUUUUAAACUUCUCACUAGAUGACACACUGAAACGUAAUAAAUAGUUCGAUUUUUAAAUUAGUACAAUUCCAAUUUUAAAUUAAAUAAUUUAAGACUCAUGUUAAGUAUUACUUUGUAGUAAGUUAAUCUAUUGGAAAUAAACGAUUCUAAGUAGAUAUUAAAAUUGUUUACUUGUGUA